AUGAGUUUAAUUUUAUUACUACGACCAUCGGUUGUACCGGACGAGGAUCCCGUAGAGCCACCACCGGACUCAGCCGUUGGGGGUAUAACCGGUGAACCUGAACCCCUGUCAGAGAAGGAUAUGAGAGAAGCGUCUGCUGCUGUUGAUGUAUUUGGAGAACCUCUGGUAUCCAAAGCUUAUUCAAAGACCUGGUCGUACAGAGAAGAUGCGUUACUGGCUGUAUAUAAACAGAUGCAGGAAUUAUCGACGGGAAAUAAAGACGAUGCACGUACCAUGCUUCGAGCAUCUCUCUUCCUUAUCAAGAAAGCAAUAACUGACAAAGUCUAUGCUGUGUUCAAAGCUGGUUUAAUGCUGCUGAAAAUGAUACUCACUGAAUUUAUAAACAAACACAAACUCGUUAAAGCUGACACUAUGACCACAGUUGAGAGAACUCUUCCAAGUUUACUACAUAAAAGUGGAGAUACUGCUGUGAGAAAUCGAGAUGAUGCAAAGAAUUUUAUUUAUGAAAUGGCAGAGUUUCCCACAGUGAAGCCUACAAUGGUAGUUCCACACGAGUGUGUGAAGGCAUGGAAAGGUAACCCUGCGCCAAGGCUGGCUCAAAGUAGAGCCGAGAUUGUUGAGGCACUGUAUGAACAACUUGGCAUUAAAGACUCAAGAAGUGGUCUGACGACGGACAACAUCAUGAAUUUCUGUGUAGUUGCGUUACAGCAUACGUCUGCAGAUGUAAGACUCGUGGCUGAGAGAAUAGUUAAAGCAUUAUACAAGGAAGCAGGUCAACCGGUGAAGGAUUAUCUCCCUGUAGAUGACGAGAAAACACGCAAGAAUACAAUGUGGAGAUUGUUGUUUGAAUAUUUUGACCAGAUUGAUGGAAAACCAAGCAAAUCUGAUAUUAAGCGACAAAAGGCAGAGGAAGAGAGUAAAAAACAGCAAGAGAUAGAAGGUUUACAACGACAAUUACAACAACUUAAAGAUAUGGCUUCAGGAAAAGCACCUGUUGAUGAAAAUGUACUAAAAGCUGACGCUAAAAAAGGUCUUAAGAAAGGAGGGAAAGCAGCUCCUAAGACAAAACCUAAGCCCGACCCUGAUGAUGAUACAUCAGUUUAUAACAUGGACAAUAUAUGUAUAUUUUGUGGAGAGAAGAAUUCUAGUUUCACAGAGGAAGGUUUAGAUCUGCAUUACUGGAAAAAUUGUCCAAUGUUGAAACGUUGUGCCAAUUGCAAACAGGUUGUGGAAAUUGCCAGCUACACCGAUCAUUUGCUGACAGAAUGUGAGGCCAAAUCUAACUACGCCAAGUGUAACCGAUGUACUGAAGCCAUAACUAAACCUGAACACGAGCAGCACGUGGCCGAGAAAGCUUGUAACGCUGCAAAAUCAGGGAUGAACCAUUGUCCAUUAUGUCAUCAAAACCACAUUUCAGGGGAAGAUGGCUGAAAGAACCAUCUUAUGGCAAAAGAUGGCUGUAAGCAAAAUCCUAGACGUCUGUUGGCACUAAAUAAACCACAAGGGAAAGCUGGUGGAGCUACAAUAAGGGGGAAGCCUGCACCGAAGGGAUUAAAGAAGACACCAAGAUAAAGGCACACACACAUAUGAUGCUUGUGAUGUCAAACAAUAAAUAUUUCAAUACACAUGCCAGCCAUUUAUUAGAGUUUACAUGUAUUCUCUAGUAUAUUAUCUAGUAUAUUAGCCGUGAUAUAGUCAGUUAAGUGCUAAAAUAAUGAGUUAUUUCCUGCAUAAUUGUUCAACAGUUUUAUAUCUUAAAGUCAUAAACCACUUGUAACUAUGACUGAUUGGAUAUUUAAUUUAUGUUAAAAUUUGAAAAUUGACCAAUGAAAUAGGUUGUUUUUGAUAAGGGUUUUUACAUAAAUCUCAUCUUAAGACCUAAUAAUGGUGUAUCAGUAUGUUGUUGGUGAUUCCAAUUUGUAAUGUUUAAUUUGACAAAUAACAAAGCUCCGCUUAAAUUAUUUGUUUAUAGAUAUAUGUCAUUUAUAACAACACAACUUCUGAUUGGCCACAAUCUCCAAGAUGAUACAUAUUCAAUUAAGACUAUCUGAGACAUCCUUGGUCACUGUUACUGGAAACGAUUUUGAACUGAGCCAAUCAGAACACUGCUUUUUGUGACUCAUGGUUCCCUAAAUUCUUUGGAGCAGAUUUUUUAAUCCCACUUUGUUAUCAAACUUUGAUGACUUUAUGUCCUAAGCGACCAUUACACUUAUUAUACUUCAGGAAUUGUUGUCAAUUUCAUUUGGUUUUAACAGGUACAUAUAUUAACAUAUAUGUACCUGGUUUUAAUAAAUGUUACAAACCUGAAGGUGUACAUUUCAUACACUAGAAUUAAGAUUUUUGUGUUCAGUGUUCAAAUAAUGUUUUGUUUUCAGCAACAUUUUGUUAUUGUCCAAGUGUUCUUUCAUCAGAUAGGGCUUUAUCUACUAUAUUAUCAUCAAUUGCAUUAGACCGUGUAUCGAACCUGAGCAUGUAUGUUAUAAAAAGAAAUUGUUAGGCCUUUUUUACAAAAAACAAUUUUAAAAAAUUGUUAAUUUAACAUCCCAUUAUCACAAUUGCAAUGUUUGUUUAGGCAGCCACUAUCCAUUUUAGAUUCUCAAAUUAUCAGGCUUACAAUUUGGUCAUGUUAACUAAAAAGUACAUUUUCUUGCCUUGAAAAAUUGAACAUUUUGAUAAGUUUUAAUUAUUUGUUUAUUUAUUUUUUUGUGAUUUCGAUUUCUCUUAAAAUAAAUACACAUGAAUGAAUUGUAUGAAACUGCUUACCAGUGACAUAAUACAUUAUUAAUUAUUCUCUAUUUAUGUCUAAAGUUUGGUUGUUACAAAAACCGAAGAAAAUUUGCACACAAGUCUGUGAUAAUGAAUGUUGUGAGUGAAAAUCUUGAAUUUUAUUCUUUCAUAUAUCAAUUUUUCAUACAUAUAAAUACAUACGUGUAGUCUAUUUGUGUAGUCUGUAUGCUGAUAUGUGUAUUCAAUAGAAUUGUAUAUUCAAAUAUCAAGCCGUUAACUGUGUCAAAAAUUUUCAAUGGACUUAUCGAUGAGAUAUCAACAUUUAUUUGUACAAAUAUAUUGUGUCAAAUGUAUGUUGCUAAUUUGAAUCACAUUUGAUACUGUAAAAGCACACAUUUUUGUCAUAGAUUUAAAUUUUGCUAUUUUUUUGCAAAUUUCAGAUUUUCACAAUAAAAAGAAACCUUUGCAGAAUAUCUACAAUAUAAAUUUAAUCAAACUUAUAGUAAUAAUUGUAGAAUGUUAAAUUUUGCCAAUUAGUCCUGUAGUCCAAAACAUUGAUUUCACGAAACUUUGGUCUUAUGAAAAUCUCAGGUUUAAUAGUAGGCUUUAUGAUAAUAUUGUGUUUAUUAAAAGUUAUGUGUUUAAUGGAAAAUAGAGGGAAAUAGCUUUGUUAGAUUGAACAUAACUAUAUAGUAAGAAGACUGUUUGAUAAAAGCAGUACCAUGUUAUAAUUUGAAUGAAGCUUAAUACACUUUAUGUUACUCUGAUAAAAGACAUAAAACAUGUUUUAAUAAAGAAAUGACAGACUUUC